UGGCAGACAUUUAAAAGGGAGACAGUCCGGCGCUGUAGCAAUUUGUAUUAAACCCCCUGGCCCCUGUCUAUGGAGCGCUUAGUCUCCCACCCAUCCACAGUCCCACCAGUGCACAGUCGACACCAGUAGGUACCUAUCAUCUCGAAAGGUGCCGCAGUGAAGCUCGAGGACCAGAUCAUCGCACUUGUAGCAGCAGUGUUGCAUAGCAGGAUGGCCAACUCCACGCAUAUCUUCUACAGUAUGGUUUUCAUCAUUGGGCUGCUCUCCUCUCCGGUGGAUUCAAAAAGAAACAGAGGUUCACAAGGCGCCAUUCCUCAUCCUGACAAAAGCAACCCAAACGAAUCGGAGCAGCAACCGCAGACUCCGCAGGCGGGCUCGGGCUCUCGCCAGAGGCCGGGCUCAUCCUCACCCGCCGACGAAGUGCUGGAGUCCAGCCAGGAAGCUCUACAUGUGACGGAGCGCCAGUAUUUGAAACGGGACUGGUGCAAAACACAACCUCUCAAACAGACCAUCCACGAGGAGGGCUGCGUCAGCCGCACCAUCAUCAACCGCUUCUGUUACGGACAGUGCAACUCCUUCUACAUCCCCAGGCACAUCCGGAGGGAGGAGGGCGCCUUCCAGUCCUGUUCGUUUUGUAAACCGAAGCGUUUUACCACCAUGACUUUCACAUUGAACUGUCCGGACCAGCAGCCGCCCACCAAGAAGAAGCGCAUCCAGCGCGUCAAACAGUGUCGCUGCAUAUCCAUAGAUCUGGACUAAAACACAGCGAUUAUGUGUGUGUGUUUCAUGUCUUCUUUUUCUUCUCCUUCUUCUUCUUAGUGGACUUGAUAGCUGUCUCACAGCCAAGAAAUUGUGCUCGUCUCCAUCUGGAGAUAAGCACCGCACACGCUGAUACUUACGUCUCUCCUGUACAGCACGUGAGCCAAUAUGGACAUGCAACUUAAAACAAAAUAAUUAAAAAAAAAACGUCAAAAGCAACUUGUUACACAUCACCAGACUAAAAAAAGAUCACUGCACGGAAACUCUUACUUGGAAUGGGCAUGCUUUACGCACGGCUUCCUCGCCCCCACAGGACUGCAGAACACCGGUUUUAUUUAACUGCUCCAAAACAGUCUUUGUGACUGUUAAACGUCUCCGUCCAUCCUGCAUUUUACGCAUAUGUGUUUGCUAAACUGGAUGUUUCCACUGUGUGGAAUUUGAUAGGCGAACGACUUUAUUUGUAAAAGGAGAAAAAUGAUUUUAUUUCGAUAUUUCAAGAAUCGUUCAAGGUUAACCUAAUUGAUUUCUGUGAAUUUCGAAGUCCAUUA